AUGGACUUACCAGAUAACACGUCGACAACAUCCUCUUCGUCUUCGUCACGCAGCACAGUGUCCGAUGUGGCAGAGUCGUUAAGCUCGGUGGCUUUACUCCAUCCAAAUAAUGAGCAAAAGACCAUGACAGGGUUUCCACCGGAAAUCAUCCUUCAAAUUUACCGGCAUCUCAACAGCGCUUCCGACAUCACAGCACUAAACAGUACAUCAAGGAGGUAUAACUCGAUCUGGCGGAUAAAUGCGGCGUCAAUCUCCGCUGCAGUCCUCUCUCGAAGCAUCGACUGCUACAACAGCGCGUUCGAGCUGUUCGAGAUUGAGGAGCGUGUAAAACAGAUCUACUGCAUCAUACUCCCUCAGUCCGCAGUUCUGAAGCGUCUGCGCCUAGCACAGAAACAAGCGCAAGACGUCGUCCGGCAAGGUCGCCGCAAUGAUCGCUGCGAUCACACCUCGAGUGAUAUUCUCUAUCGUGGAGUCCUCUACCGCAACGAGGAGCUGCUCUCUGCGGCCAGGUGUGCGUCCUAUCUGCUUAGGCUGAUUGAGGAUCGAGUGGUGUAUACUGGCGGAACAUCACUGGAUGAGUUGGACCGAGAGAUCACUCCAUCCAGUCACCAUAUCAUCGUUGCAUUCCACGAAUUGAUGAUCCUCAUACGUUUGAGGCUCCUCGAAGCGAUGCAGGCUCGCUUGAAGAACAUGCGCAAAGAGAAGAUCCGAAAGAUGUUGUAUGUCGCCACGUACUUGGUCCGCGACUGUCCCGACAAGAAGAAGAUCCGACUGGGUAUCUCACGGGAGAAAAUCCGUCGGAGUUCGAUGGUUGAUGACAUGGAUUUGGCCUUUAGACCUAGGUGCUAUGUGAUCGUUCAUGCCAGGCGGGCUUUCUUCGCAAUUGCGGAUGCCGUCGGAGAAGCCCGCAUCCCCAACUACCUGCUCGACAACCGAUCGGGCUGUCAUGGAGACUGUGAAGAUAUUGGGAAAAUCGAGGGGAUGUAA